UCAUUUCGUACAUCAACUGUUCGGGCAUUGUUGCACAUUUGCCUCCAAAAAUGCCUCUCCCUCCCUUCUUCUUCUUCUUCUAGGGUUCGAGGCUCUCGACGAUCGAUCGGGCUCCGGCGCCAAUUGACGGGCUUACAGUUUUGGCAUCAUCAUCAUAUUUGCCUUUGCGAUUGAUUGAUUGCUUGCUGCGAAUGGGUCAAAGACCGAAGAAUAGUCGCUAUCUUUCUUCUUCAUGCUUAUGGGGGAGAGAGAAUCUUGAAUCCCAAUACAUACAGUCCACCGCGCCUUGUGGCGGAGAGAGAAUCCUGAAUCCCCAAUUCGUCUCGUCCUAUUCGAUGCUUCUUCAUGCUUAUGGCGGAGAGAGAAUCUUGAAUCCCAACAUAUAUGGUCCACCGCGCCUUACAAUACAGGAUUUGGUGUAACAGUAAUGGCAAUGGGAAUCAAACUGAGAUGGGCGAUGGAUCCGAUGGGUCAACAAAGGUGGUAAAGGGUGGCUCAGAAUUGCUUGAAUAUUCAGCCAAAGCGGUUGGGCUCUCACUUCUCAACCCCUAUAAGAAUAUUAAGGCUAACUUCAUACAUGAAGUGAACUUUGCAGUUGCGGGCUCUACUGCAUUAUCAGUAGAGAGAAUCUCGUCAAAAGAAGAUUGUGUCUCCAAUUGUUUGAAAAGACUUGAAGACUCCCAAUUCAUGGUUGGAGAGAUAAGAGAAAACAAUUAUAAUUAUGCGGUGCUUCAAGACAAGAGUAUUGAACAAGUAAAGAUUGAUUUUGUGCCCAAGGUUGUACAAGAAAUAGCUAAAAUGGUAAGAAUGAGUAUUUAAAGUCUUUUUCUUUUCUCUUAAUUUUCAUGUUUAUUAUAUAUUUUUUAAAUUUCAUUUUAAAUAAUCAUCUAUUCUUAUUAUAAUUCAACAAUCUGGUUGUAGAGAGUUAUACACUAUAGAGCUACUAGAGUUGUUGUUCUUGGUAACUUU